AUGCCCCUCAAGAUCGAUACAACUGCCCUCAUCGUGUUGGUUGUGGCUAUCUUGGGCUCGCACCACCGCACUGCUUCUUCCUCUACCUACAUCUGUUCCAGUCACCGCGACACUCCUAUCCCCGAUCACAGUACUCACACUGAUAGCCACGCGAGUGUUUUUCCAACGGUCGGACAAUGA